CAGACAGAUGAAUCAGGAAUGGAAAAUCAUGUGAAAAUAGGGGGCGGUAGACCCCAUUAUUAAUACAUGAUGGGGUCCAUUUUUUGCAUCAUAAAACUAUAUAAUGAAACCAAAAUUGGCUGUGUUUCUGUUUUGUUCUGGCGUAAAUUCUUCCCACGUUCUCACGGUACAGUUUUCGCUCAAUUCCGUUCACUUUCUUCCUCUUUUCAUUCAUUUUUCCCCUUCAUUUCGCCGGAUCUGACUUCAUUAAGUCGUCGUCCGGCUAUCCCUAGCCUCCGUUGCGUUCGAUUCACUCGCCGAUCGACGAGUUCGGGCAGAAGAACUGUUCGAAAUCGAUUGACCCCCAAACCAGGUGUAUUGCGUUCUGAUGCUGUUCAUUUGUUUAGAUGUAAUUGCCUGAUUGUACAAAAGAGGGCCUUAAUUUGGGCCUAUAUUAGCAUGAGACCUGAAAAUGGAUCAAAAGUGGAGGAAACUUUGAUGGAGAUUUCAAGGUGUGUGGAGGACAAAAAUGCUGCUCAGGAUAAGCAGAGUACGAGUAGUGGUCAGGAAAAAAGUCAUGGCAUGGAAGCUCCAUCUGUUGAACAAAGUAUGAUGUACGAAAGAAGUGAGGAUAUGGAGAUUGAUAUUAUUGGGUGUACAGAUAAUUGUGAGGGAGGUCCUAGUAGUGAAUGCAAUGAUUCAACCGAAUAUUCAAGCUCGUUUGGUGAUACUGUUUCUGGAACAGAUUAUGGUUUGUUAUUGGAUGACGAAGAAGUUGAAUCCCAAUUAUAUGAUGAUAAUAAUUUGCAGCCUAUAUCUAAUGGAUGCAGAGAAGUAUUUCCAAGGAAGAAAAAGUUGACAGAUCACUGGAAAAAGUUUAUAAGUCCUGUGACGUGGCGGUGUAGAUGGUUAGAAUUGAAAAUUAGGAAACUUCAGUCUCAAUCGUCUAAAUAUGAUAGGGAACUUGCAUUAUAUGAUCAAAGAAAGCAGUCUGUCUAUGAGCAAUUCUCAACGGAAGAUUUUGAUGUGAAGUCAACAGGAUUCUCAAGUCACACUCAAAGAGACAGAAUAAUGAAAAGAAAGAAAAGGAAGAAAAAUGAAGAGACAACUGAAGUAGCUUCAUAUAUGGCACAUCACAAUUUGUUUUCAUAUUAUGAGAAGAAGAGGUCUGUCGCUGAUGACAUAUCUUCAGAAGGUACUUCUCUUAAAUUAAACAAGACAAAGAAUAUGAGACAUGAUGGCAUCAAUGACUUCCAGACAAUUGCAACUGACGGAUGGCCAUCUUCUAUGUUAGGAGAUAAUGAUAAUAAUUUGGAAGAGAUGUUUCUAAAAAUUGAAGCUGCGCAGUCAAGAGUUCAUGAGUUGAAGAACAGAAUUGACAAGGUGGUGAAUGAAAAUCCCAUGAAGUUUUCUUCAAUCAAUCAGAUAUACAUGCUUGCAUCAAGUGACGAUCCCGCUUCACCAGAAGAUGGAAAUGAUGUGUUCGUUAGGUCUUUGCAUGAAGCAUCACAACACAUGUCUGAGGACGCAUUUGAUGUUCUUAUGCCUGAAAAUGCAAUUACGAGUCAUGGAGAGGUCAUGCUACUUCCUGAUAUGAUUCAGAGUGCGGAUUGUGGAAGAAGUACUAAGAAAGUUCUGGUGCAAGAUUCUGCAGUCAAGGAAGAGGCGCAAAUUCAUGAAGAGGUUAAUGGUCAGUUUAUUGAGCAGACUCUGAAAUUGGAGGAGCAAAUCACUUCUCCAGCUGACUUAGCCUCAGGAAUCCAGGAGCCUGACAUGCAACACAAGACAGAAACCCCUUCUGCUGCCAAACCUAGUUCAUCUAAGAAAACUAGAAAGCGGGGAAGGCGAAAAUUCGGGAUGAGGAAACAGAAACGGAAAGUGACAGGUUAGCUGGAUGAAUGGGACUAGCAGAUGGUUGUUUUGCUUCUUAUUUGGUCGAUGGAGGUUAGAAUUUUGUUAGUGGUUAUUGUUCUUCUUCUACUGUAUAUUUUCCAUGCCAUGCUCUCCCCCCUCUCACCUGCACAGAUCAACUCAAUUAUUUGUAUAUGUUGCAAAUAUUCAUUAAUUAUGUUAAUAUGAAGAUAGCAUUAAACACC